AUGAGGGAGGAGCAGGCGGCGCCAAAGCCGGAGGCCGCGGCCACGGCGCUGGAGCUGACGGGGUUCGUCAUGAGCGCAGAGGAGGCCGAGCGCAAGGCGGCGGCCGCCGGCGUGGCGACCGUGCAGGACCUGCUGCCGCUUCUGGUCCCGUCCGCGAGGAAGCGCGCGCGCGCCCCGAUCUCGCACUUCCAAGUGGGCGCCGUGGGGCUGGGCGCCAGCGGCCGCGUCUACGCCGGCGUCAACCUCGAGUUCCGCGGCCUCCCGCUGUGCCACUCCGUCCACGCGGAGCAGUUCCUCGUGGCCAACGCCGCCGCCGCGGGGGAGUCCGCGCUGCGCGCCGUCGCCGUCUCCCACAUGCCCUGCGGCCACUGCCGUCAGUUCCUCCAGGAGAUCCGCGGCGCGGCGGGCAUCCAGAUCCUCGUGACCAGCGACGCCGAGCAGGGCUGCGCGCCCGAGUGGCGCACGGUGGCGUCCCUCCUCCUCCGCCCCUUCGGGCCCCACGAUCUCCUCGACGAGAGUGUGCCCCUCGUCCUCGAGGCGCACGACAACGCCCUGGGCGAUCCCGUCGUCACCGCGGUCGCCAAUGGCUUCGCCCCCGGCGACCUGGAUGCGCGCCUGAAGGAGGCCGCGGAGGCGGCCGCGCGGGCGGCGCACGUGCCGUACAGCCAGUGUCCGUCGGGCUUCGCGGUGGCGGACGGCGACGGCAGGAUCUACGCCGGUGGCUGCCUGGAGUCCGCCGCCUACAACCCGACGCUGGGCCCCGUCCAGGCGGCCAUCAUUGCGAUGGUGGCGGCCGGAGGCGGCCCCGCCGGGGACGUGGUCGCGGCGGCGCUCGUGGAGAAGGAGCAGGCGGCGGUGGCCCAGGAGGCGACGACCAGGAUCUUCCUCGACGCCGUGGCCCCACAUGCCAGCUUCCACGUCUACAAGUACAGGCCGUCCGAUGCUUGA